UGAAACAUGGUUCGCGAAGUGGCUUGGCAAUGGCAGAUUCUUAUCUUGCUGCAAAUAACAAGCCUAUCGUUCCAAUUAAACCACGAAUUUGUGCCUGUGAACGAGGAAAUGUUCAGUGACUGCACGGACAAUCCAGGAUUUGAAAGUGUCGAUAAAUUAGCGGAUCUUUCCGCCUUUGGCCGAAAAAGGGCUCCAAAUGGUGGAAUUAAUAUAGGUGGAAACAUAACCAUGAAAUGGAAUGUCCAACCAUCAGAUCGUAUAGGGGUUGAAGUUGGUAUAUAUAAGUUGGAGAAAGGAGUUUGGAAACCAACCGUUUUAAAGGGGGGUGAUAGAGAUUUUUGCAAGUCCUUUUACGACAAAAACACUCUUUACUAUCCUUAUUCCACCGAGCACGUAAUCAAUAAAGAGGAUGUUAAGGACAAAUGCAUAAACAUUCCUGGGACAGUUUUAGUUGUGGAACCAUUUCUUGAGAGAAUAUUAAUAAGUUACGCUGCGCCUUUAACUCCGGGACGUCACAAGGCCUUAAUAACUUUUACUGCCUUUGACAAAGCUAAUGCCAAACGUCCUGAUGCCAUAUGCUUGGAAAUCAUUGGCGAUGUAGUUAAAGCCUAAUCUUUAACUUAAAUUACGCUAUAUGUGGUGGGUGCUAAAAGCACUAUUCCCACUUGUUGGUCCUUUUUAUUGUUUUUAUAGUCAAAGUAGCAGACUUUUAAAAUAUUUUAUUCACCACGGGUAUAUUGGUUGCACAUAAAAUAAAGUGAAUAUGGAUUUAUGCAAAA